UCAAAAAAGGAUGUCGGUAGGAUGGAUCGUAGCUGUAAGCCUCAUGUGGCAACAUGUGGAUGCUCGUUAUAUGCCGAAAUUUCUUUGCGUGCCCCCAUACGUUGCCGUAAAUGGUAGUUGCCUUAUUAUUAAUAUAAGUGAACUCCCAACUGAGAUUGCUUCUAAGGGGUCGAACAAAGCCAAGUCCAAUCCCAAUAUAUCAGUUCCUGAGAUAGGCUUAGGAAAAGAUAGUAUUCUGGAAAACUCUUUAUUAGGAAAUCCGUCUAUACCAAAAAAAGUUGGAAGCGAAACUCCUGGAAAUGAACCAAGUAAAACCAACAUUUUAACACUGCCUGCUAGUUUCGUUCCCACCAUUACUAAACCGAAAGUACCCAACCAAAAUCCAAGUAAUCCAGAAACCAGAAUCCAGAAACCAAACGAUUCUCGACAUACAACCAUGAGACCCAAAAUUCAAGGAGCAGGCAAAGUUGGGAGCGAAACUCUUGGAAAUGGGGCAGCGACUGGUGGAGAAGUUAAACCCAUAAUAACCAAACCUGAAUCAUCUAACCAAAUUCCAGUUAAUCCAGAAACUUUAAAACCGCCUGUUGCUGGAAAUGCAACGAAACACAUUACAAUUCCUGAAGCAGGAUCAGGCAACAGGAGUGUUUUUUUUCCAAGUACAGACAAGACUGCUGGAGCAGUUAAACCCAUAAUUACCAAACCUGAAUCAUCUAACCGAAUUUUAAAUAAUCCAGAAACAUUAAUACCACCUGUUUCUCGAGUAGAUUGGAGUUCUGUUGGUGUAGUAAAUUCCAACAUUAGCACUUCUGAAGCACCCAACCAAAUUAAAAUUAAUCCAGAAACUUCAAUACCAACGGUUUCUGGAAGUGAAAUCAAAAGCCCAACAGUUCCAGGAGCAGGAUCAGUCGGGAGCGAAGCACAUGGAAAUUCACCAAGUUCAAACCACAUUUUAACACCGCCUGUUUCUGGAAAUGCAACCAAACACAUUACAAUUCCUGAAGCAGGAUCAGGCAAAACUCUUGUAGAUUUACCAAUUACAAACCAGGCGGUUUCUGGAAAUGCAACCAAAAGCCCAGCAAUUCCAGGAGCAGGAUCUGUUGGAACCAAAACUCCUGGAAAUGCAUCAAGUUCAAACAACAUUUUAACACAGCAGAACUUACUUUUAACAAGAAUCGCUCCGGUAUGUAUUAUUGACAAAGUUGAUGAGCAAUCCUGUGUCUCAGGUAAACAGUCAGAAAGAAAAUGGUAUAAUGGUAUUAAUGGUAUUUCACCAUCCGGAGACUCGACUGGUCAGCCAAAUCCAACCCGAAUUCCUUUACUAAAGGAUUUCAUUUUAACAACAGUUCCAACAAAAAAAAAUGCAACCAAACACACUACAAUUCCUGAUACAGAAUCAGUCAAAACUCCUGAAAAUUCACUAAGUACAAACAAUCCUGCUAGUGGAGUAAAUCCCAACAUUACUAAUUCCGAGGUACCCAACCAUAUCAAUAAUAAUCCAGAAACUUCAAUACCAUCGGUUUCAGGAAAUGCACCCAAGAGCUCAGCAAUUCCAGGAGCAGGAUCUGUUGGGAGCGAAAUUCCUGGGAAUGCACCAAGUUCAAACAACAUUUUAACACAGACUGCUGGUUCAGUAUAUCCCACCAUUACCAAAUCUGAAGCAUCCAACCAAAUUUCAAGCAAUCCAGAAACUUUGAUAUCAAACGUUUCUGGAAAUAAAGCAAUAAGACCCGAAAUUCCUGGAGCUGUAAAGGUUGGAAGUGCAGCAAACGCAACCAAUAUUUUAACACCGCCUGCUGGUGCAGUUAUGCCCAUCAUUACCAAACCGGAAGCACUUAACCAAAUUCCAAAUAAUCCAGAAACAUUAAUACCACCUGUUACUGGAAAUGCAACCAAACACCUUACUAUUCUUGAAGCUGGAACAGCUAAAAACAAAACUCCUGAAAAAUCGCCAAAUACAAACAACAUUUUAAUACUGCCUGCUGGCGGAGUUACUAAACCGGAAGCAACCACUCAAAUUAAUCCAAAAAUCUCAAUACCACCUGUUCCUGGAAAUGCAACCAAAAACAUUAUAGUUUCAGGAGCAGUAUCAGUCGGAAGCGAAAUUCCUAGAAAUACACCCAGUACAAAAAACAUUUUACCGUCGGAUUCACUUUUAACAACAAUCGCUCCGGUAGGUGUUUUAUUCAAAGUUGAUGAGCAAUCCUGUGUCUCAGGUAAAUUGUCAGAAACAAAAUGUCAGAAAAAAUCACCAUCCGAAGUCUGGAUUGAUCAGCCAAAUCCAACGCCAGUUCCUUUACUUAAGGAUUUAAUUUUAACAACAGGUCCACCGAACCCAGCCAAAAAUAAUCCCAAAAUCUCUAUUGUAAAAGACUCUCAAAAGCCAAUAUCCGUUGAUUCUAGUGACCUUAAAGAUUUUGAUAUCAACAGCCUUUAUCCAAAAGAAAUUGAUAUCAAGAAACCAACAGUUCCAUCGAAACCUGCCAAAUAUAUUCCCAAAAUCUCUAUUCCAAAAGGCUCUCAAAAGCCUAUCUCAGUUGAUCCUGAUAACCUUAAAGAUUUUGAUAUCAACAGCCUUUAUCCAAAAGAUGUUGAUAUCAACAGUCUUUAUCCAAAAGAUUUUGAUAUCAAGAAACCAACAGUUCCAUCGAAACCUUCCAAAAAUAUUCCCAAAAUCUCUAUUCCAAAAGGCUCUCAAAAGCCUAUCUCAGUUGAUUCUGAUAACCUUAAAGAUUUUGAUCUCAACAGCCUUUAUCCAAAAGAAAUUGAUAGCAACAGUCUUUAUCCAAAAGAUGUUGAUAUCAAGAAACCAACAGUUCCAUCGAAACCUUCCAAAAAUAUUCCCAAAAUCUCUAUUCCAAAAGGCUCUCAAAAGCCUAUCUCAGUUGAUCCUGAUAACCUUAAAGAUUUUGAUAUCAACAGCCUUUAUCCAAAAGAAAUUGAUAUCAACAGUCUUUAUCCAAAAGAUGUUGAUAUCAAGAAACCAACAGUUUUAUCGAAACCUUCCAAAAAUAUUCCCAAAAUCUCUAUUCCCAAAGGCUCUAAAAAGCCUACCACCGAUGAUCCUAAUAGUCUUAAAGAUUUUGAUAUCAACAGCCUUUAUCCAAAAGAAAUUGAUAUCAACAGUCUUUAUCCAAAAGAUGUUGAUAUCAAGAAACCAACAGUUUUAUCGAAACCUUCCAAAAAUAUUCCCAAAAUCUCUAUUCCAAAAGGCUCUCAAAAGCCUAUCUCAGUUGAUCCUGAUAACCUUAAAGAUUUUGAUAUCAACAGCCUUUAUCCAAAAGAAAUUGAUAUCAACAGUCUUUAUCCAAAAGAGGUUGAUAUCAAGAAACCAACAGUUCCAUCGAAACCUUCCAAAAAUAUUCCCAAAAUCUCUAUUCCAAAAGGCUCUCAAAAGCCUAUCUCAGUUGAUUCUGAUAACCUUAAAGAUUUUGAUCUCAACAGCCUUUAUCCAAAAGAAAUUGAUAUCAACAGUCUUUAUCCAACUGAUAUUAUUAUCAAGAAACCAACAGUUCCAUCGAAACCUUCCAAAAAUAUUCCCAAAAUCUCUAUUCCAAAAGGCUCUCAAAAGCCUAUCUCAGUUGAUCCUGAUAACCUUAAAGAUUUUGAUAUCAACAGCCUAUAUCCAAAAGAAAUUGAUAUCAACAGUCUUUAUCCAAAAGAUGUUGAUAUUAAGAAACCAACAGUUCCAUCGAAACCUUCCAAAAAUAUUCCCAAAAUCUCUAUUCCAAAAGGCUCUCAAAAGCCUAUCUCAGUUGAUCCUGAUAACCUUAAAGAUUUUGAUAUCAACAGCCUAUAUCCAAAAGAAAUUGAUAUCAACAGUCUUUAUCCAAAAGAUGUUGAUAUCAAGAAACCAACAGUUCCAUCGAAACCUUCCAAAAAUAUUCCCAAAAUCUCUAUUCCAAAAGGCUCUCAAAAGCCUAUCUCAGUUGAUCCUGAUAACCUUAAAGAUUUUGAUAUCAACAUCCUUUAUCCAAAAGAAAUUGAUAGCAACAGUCUUUAUCCAAAAGAUGUUGAUAUCAAGAAACCAACAGUUCCAUCGAAACCUUCCAAAAAUAUUCCCAAAAUCUCUAUUCCAAAAGGCUCUCAAAAGCCUAUCUCAGUUGAUCCUGAUAACCUUAAAGAUUUUGAUAUCAACAGCCUAUAUCCAAAAGAAAUUGAUAUCAACAGUCUUUAUCCAAAAGAUGUUGAUAUUAAGAAUCCAACAGUUCCAUCGAAACCUUCCAAAAAUAUUCCCAAAAUCUCUAUUCCAAAAGGCUCUCAAAAGCCUAUCUCAGUUAAUUCUGAUAACCUUAAAGAUUUUGAUCUCAACAGCCUUUAUCCAAAAGAAAUUGAUAUUAACAGUCUUUAUCAAAAAGAUGUUGAUAUCAAGAAACCAACAGUUCCAUCGAAACAUUCCAAAAAUAUUCCCAAAAUCUCUAUUCCAAAAGGCUCUCAAAAGCCUAUCUCAGUUGAUCCUGAUAACCUUAAAGAUUUUGAUAUCAACAGCCUAUAUCCAAAAGAAAUUGAUAUCAACAGUCUCUAUCCAAAAGAUGUUGAUAUUAAGAAACCAACAGUUCCAUCGAAACCUUCCAAAAAUAUUCCCAAAAUCUCUAUUCCAAAAGGCUCUCAAAAGCCUAUCUCAGUUAAUUCUGAUAGCCUUAAAGAUUUUGAUCUCAACAGCAUUUAUCCAAAAGAAAUUGGUAUCAACAGUCUUUAUCCAAAAGAUAUUAAUAUCAAGAAACCAACAGUUCCAUCGAAACCUUCCAAUAAUAUUCCCAAAAUCUCUAUUCCAAAAGGCUCUCAAAAGCCUAUCUCAGUUGAUUCUGAUAACCUUAAAGAUUUUGAUCUCAACAGCCUUUAUCCAAAAGAAAUUGAUAUCAACAGUCUUUAUCCAAAUGAUAUUAAUAUCAAGAAACCAACAGUUCCAUCGAAAUCUUCCAAAAAUAUUCCCAAAAUCUCUAUUCCAAAAGUCUCUAAAAAGCCUACUACCGAUGAUCCUAAUAAUCUUAAAGAUUUUGAUAUCAACAUCCUUUAUCCAAAAGAAAUUGAUAUCAACAGUCUUUAUCCAAAAGAUGUUGAUAUCAAGAAACCAACAGUUCCAUCGAAACCUUCCAAAAAUAUUUCCAAAAUCUCUAUUCCAAAAGGCUCUCAAAAGUCUAUCUCAGUUGAUCCUGAUACCCUUAUAGAUUUUGAUAUCAACAGUCUUAAUCCAAAAGAUGUUGAUAUCAAGAAACCAACAGUUCCAUCGAAACCUGCCAAAAAUAUUUCCAAAAUCUCUAUUCCAAAAGGCUCUCAAAAGCCUACCUCCAAUGAUCCUGAUAACCUUAAAGAUUUUGAUAUCAACAGCCUUUAUCCAAAAGAAAUUGAUACCAACAGUCUUUAUCCAAAAGAUAUUGAUAUCAAGAAAACAACAGUUCCAUCGAAACCUUCCAAAAAUAUUCCCAAAAUCUCUAUUCCAAAAGGCUCUCAAAAGCCUAUCUCAAUUGAUCCUGAUGACUAUCAUCUUAAAGAUUUUGAUAUCAACAGCCUUUAUCCAAAAGAAAUUGAUAUCAACAGCCUUUAUCCAAAAGAAAUUGAUAUCAACAAACUUUAUCCCAAAGAAUUUUAUCUAUAUUAAAUUCUGACUUUCUGCAAUGUCCAUUCUUUUACAACAUUCUUGUUCUGAACUUCCGGACUUAAAAACUUUUUUAAAUAAAAAUAUUUUUUAACUGUUUCACUUGGACAUUUGCCACAUCCAGCGGUAAAAACCAUCGCGUGCUUUGCUGUGAUGUGGUUGGGUCAUGCAAAUUCAUAUUUUAAUUUUAUGCAAAUUAUACGCUGAUUAUGCUGUCAGCAUCACUAGAGGUU